UCAUAUCAUUUAAUUAUUAUAAUAUUAUUGUUCUAGUUAAAACACGUGUGUUACCGUUCAGUCUUGUAUUUCGUAUUGACUGAUGGUUGCAGAGUUUUUUGUUUUGAAAGUUACUAGUUGGCGUGUUGCAUUUUCACAGUUCCACUUCCGUUUAAGAGUAAAUGUCUAUUACAUAAUACAUAAUCACUUCUACUAUUCACGGAUUUUGUCAGUUGGCUGUUUGGCACUAUAACCCAUAAGAGUUGGGAGUAUGGGCCUUUCCUCACAACAAGUUUUAUCAUUUAUGCCUUCAGACUCUUGGACUUCAGUUUUUUUAAUGCCUGGUUAUAAAUCAGACAAUGGAAUUUACAUAAUAACUACAAAUGAAAAAUAUUUACAACGUUGUAAUGACAUACAUAAAAUGGCAUUAAAUAGUUAUACAUUUGAAAAAGUUAACACAUAUCAAUUGAUGGGAUUAGUUGCAGUAGAAAUCGAAGGAUUAUGGUGCAGAGGUAGAAUGUUAAGUUAUAAUGAGUUUUUGGUUAAAAACACAGCUGUUGAAUUAAUUGAUUCUGGAACUAUUAUCAAAAAACAAUUAUGUGAUUUAUAUAAACUUCCAAAUAGUUAUAAAUAUGAUCCUUUAUGUCUUGCAAUUAAACCUGUUAAUGGAAUUCCUUCUCUUUCAUCUAUACAAUUUUAUAUUCAACCUUUAUUAUUACAAAGUGAACUUCAUAAAGGCUAUGUUGUAGUAAAUACCAAACCAAUAGAAAUGGUUAAUGAGUUAUAUUUGAAGAAGUCUUAUGAAGAAAUAAAUAUAAAAAGUUCUUAUCCUUUAGUUAUUAGUGCUAAGAACAAAUGUACAGUUAAAAAAUCUAAAUGUAAUAGUCUGCAAGAAUUAAACAAGGUUAAUAACUUUUUGAUUUGCAUAAAAGAACUCAAAGAACAAGGUGUUGAACAUAAAUAUGUUGAAUUUUCAAAUGACUUAAAAGCGGUGUUAAAUAAAGAAAAAAAUAAUUUUUUGAAAACUUUGUUAAGUAAUAUAAAUUUGUAUGGCUUAAAUAAUAUAUUUUCAAAAUUUAUUAGUUAUAAGCCUAAAUGUUUGUCAUUGAAAUAUAUAGAUCAAAAUAAUCAACCAGUUCUUAUUAAUGAAAUCUUUAAAAGUGACCAAAAUAAAUAUGAUGUCAAUAUAACUAACAUUGAUGAUUCAUCAAUAAUUAAAGAAUCUCAUUUUAGUGAUUUAAUAACUGACUCAUACACGUCUGUACAUAAUAUAUUUAAAAACGGAUCAUUAGUUGAAUUUUGCUAUGGUACAAAUAUUGAUUUUGUAUUUAUUAGAAGUUAUGACGAAAAAAAAAAAUAUUCUAAUGAAAUGAAACAGUUUUACGCCUAUUAUAAAAAAAAGGAAAAUUUAAAAAUAAAAAAAAAUGCAAUUAUUGGAGAUAUGGUUGCAGCUACUUCACUGUAUUACUAUGAAACACACAGAGCUAUAAUAUUAGAUAAGAAUCCAAAUUAUUAUUUUUGUUUUUUUAUUGAUAUUGGCUGUAAAGAAUAUGUUAACUCAAAUAAUAUAUUUUUUUUACUAGAAGAAGCUAGAAAUGUUCCUUGUUUAGCACAUAGAGUAGAUUUGAAAAAUAUUCCAUUGAAUAAUACUAUGCAGUUAAAGUAUUUAAAAAUGUAUUACGAACAAUUGUAUUUACAACCAUUAUUCAUAGAGUUGGAUAAAAGUGAUUCUAGUGGAUCAAACAAAGCUAUAUUAAGACGAAAAUCAGAUAAUAAGGAUAUUUAUUUAGAUAUAAAAGAAUUUUUACAAAAUAAAUUAUCAAGUCUUAAUUUGUCAAAUAAUGAAGGAUUUGAGUCAAAAAUAAAAGACUAUUUGAAGUAUAAUGACUUGUUAAAAAAUGGGACUAUAGUAUUAAUUACUUAUUUUUGUUCUAUAAAUCAAAUUUAUAUCCGGAUUAACACACCUGAAUUAACUAAAUAUUAUAAUGAUUUAAUUACAGAAGUUAAUCAGUUUUAUGUCAAUUUGAAAAGUGCGUAUCAAAAAAAGACUCCAAAAAUUGGUGAGAAGGUUGGUGUAAAAUCUCCAUCUAAGAAUAAAUUUGUACGUGCAACUAUUUCUAAAAAAGUUAAUGAUACAACUUAUUCUGUAUACUAUAUUGAUUAUGGUGAUAAAGAGUAUGUAAAAGCAAACAACAUUUUUCUGUUACCAUAUAGAUUUAGACAUUUACCACAGUCUGUGAUUAAAAUUGGUUUAAACAUAACAACACCUAUAAAUAAAAUUGAAGUUCUUAAAUAUUUCAAUGAAUUAAUUCAAUUAAAAGUUCCAUUGAUUGCGGAGUUUGACGAGGAAGAUCCACUUGGGUUUCAAAAGAUUGUUUUAAGAAAAGAACAUAAUGGCGUUAAUAUUUAUGAAGAUAUUUGUAAUCUAUAUGUACCUUAACAAACUUAUGUAAAAUUUUAAGCUUUAAGAUUUUAUUUUAAUAUUAAAAUGAAUAGUGUUUAUAUCAAUACACUAACUUAAGAUAUAAAUAUUAUUAUA